UUUGUAUCUCAAAAUCUAAAAGCCACAUUAUAAUUUUAUAAUUUUAUAAUUUUAUAAUUUUAUAAUUUAUAAUUUUAGAGUGUUUAAUUAUUAUUUUUAAUAUUCAAGUAUGGGAGUGACAGGGAAGCUUGAAGUAGAAGUUGAUAUCAAGUGUCAUGGAGAUAUAUUCCAUGAAUUGUUUGGGCAGAAACCACACAAUGUUCCCGGUAUUACCCCUGAUAAGAUUCAUACUUGUGAUGUUCAUGAGGGUGAAUUCGGCAAGCCUGGCUCUAUCAUUUCAUGGGACUAUACCCUUGAUGGGAAGAAAUGUGUAGCAAAGGAGAUAGUAGAAGCCAUAGAUGAAGAGAACAAAUCAGUGAGAUUCAAAGUCAUAGAAGGAGAUCUACUUAAGGAAUUCAAGAGUUUAACCAUAAGUAUUCAUGUGGUUCCUAAACCUGAAGUUACUGCAGUUAUGUGGGUUGCUGAGUUUGAAAAGAUUGCUGAUGAUGGGCCCUACCCAUCCAAAAUUAUGGACUUCUGUAUUCAUGUUACCAGAGACAUUGAGGCCCAUCACCUCAAAGAAUAAUCAAUUCGAUUCUUCUCCAUCUGGAUUAUCGGGUGCGCUUGCGUACGGUCAGUUCGAUGUGCUUGUGAAAGUAUAUGUUUAUGAAUUAUUACUAGUCAUAUGUAUGUUGUCUAGUAUGCAUUAUUGUGCUAAAUGUUGUGGACCUGUAUAUGUGAUUUCUAUUUGAUGUUGAAAUAAAGGAGUAUUCAUGUUUUUCUGUUUUA